AGGACAUGUGCUAAUAAUGCCCUAAGCCGGUUAUAAAGACGUGAAAAUUGGGGGGAGAGGGGGAAAAAAAGGGGGGAAAGGGUCUGUCCUUCCUGGGAUUCCCAGCCGAGGCCAGCCUGCUGCCGUGUGCGUGUGCGCCAGGGCUCUCCGGACGGCAAUGGGGGCUUGAGAGCCGGGUCCCCGCGCCCAGAACCAAACGUGGUGGCUGCUAACGCCACCGCCUCGGAGUCCGGCGCCGGAGCUGCGGGCGGGCACCAGCUCCGGCCGGGGCUGCUCGGCGCUGCACGGUGCGGUGCGGCGGCGCGGCGCGGCUGUGCAGGCUUUUCCCAAGCGCCUUGGGGUCGGGUGCCUGUGCGGCCGCGGGACUCGGAAGCGAGCGGCGGCGGUGGCCAGCUUGCCAAUGGACCGGGGGUUCGGCCGCUUCGUCCGAUCCUCAGCCCCUGCGAGCUCCCCGGUCUCCCCGGCAGGCAGCUUCGCCGAGUUUUCAGGUGGCGAGGCUGACUGGGCUGCUUGGAGCGCGAGCAAGCCAAGCCGCAGUGCUGUUUGGAUUUGGUAGAUUUCUCAGUAGCAAUGGAGAUGGAGUCUACCGACCAACAGCUCCAGCUGGAGGCAUCAACUCCCACCAGUCUAUCUGACUUCUGCCCAGACUCUGAAAUGCCAACUAUGUCAAGGCCUGCACUUGAUGUCAAGGGUGGUAGCACCUCUGUGAAGGAGGAUGCCAACCAGGAGAUGAAUUCUCUGGCCUACUCUAACCUCGGGGUGAAGGACCGCAAAGCAGUGGCCAUCCUGCACUACCCUGGGGUCACCUCAAAUGGAGCCAAAGCCAAUGGGGCUCCCACCACUUCCUCUGGAUCAGCAUCCCCAAUGGGCUCUCCUACUGCCACCCCUUCUACCAAGCCCCCACCCUUCAGCCUGCACCCUGCCCCUCACCUGAUGGCCAGCAUGCAGCUGCAGAAGCUUAACAGCCAGUACCAUGGGGCAGCGGCUGCUGCUGCCACUCCAGGCCAACCAGGGGAGGCGGGCCCCGUGCAAAACUGGGGCCUUGGGGCACAGGCCCAGGCUCAGGCUCAGGCUCAGGCACAGGCCCAGGCACAGGCACAGGAACAGGCACAGGCCCAGGCACAGGCCCAGGCCCAGGUGGGAGGGACGGGAUCAGUCACUCCUCCUGCUGGUGCCCAGAGCCCUGCUAUCAUUGAUUCUGACCCAGUGGAUGAGGAGGUGCUGAUGUCUCUGGUGGUAGAACUCGGGCUAGACCGAGCCAAUGAGCUUCCCGAGCUGUGGCUGGGGCAGAAUGAGUUUGAUUUCACUGCAGAUUUUCCCUCUGGCUGCUGAUACCAAGUGUCCCUAAAAAUUGAGGAACAAAGCCACCAAUUCUGUUGUAAAUAAAAGUAACUUGCAAAGAGA